AUGAGUUCACAACCCCAUGGAUGUACCCCCGACCUGAGCCAGUUCACGUGUAACACGUGUGUGAUCAAGUUCCCCCUGGCCGAAUACCAGCGCCAACACAUGAAGAGCGACUGGCAUCGGUACAACUUGAAGCGCCGAGUGGCUCAGUUGCCGCUGAUUUCGUCCCAGACGUUCGCCGAAAAGGUUAUCGCUGCUAAGGAAUUGGAACAGUAUAGCAACGAAGACGAGUACGGGUUUCACGUCACUGCUAGAGACCGUCGCCGGCAACAAAGAGAGCAGCAGCAACAGCAGACUCCAACCCUGAUUACAGUGGGCAAAGACCCUCAUCCGACUUCAACUGUGAGAAGACAAUCCAACUCUCUGGUCCACACUGAAAGACUGAACUUCUCACUCGGUACCGAUGCUACUUAUAUCACUGACGAAACGGGGUCGCUUCAAUAUGAUCUGGAUGACUUUUCUGAAAUCAAUGACGAUUCCGAAAGCUUUGUUGACCUCCAAAAACUGACGUCAGCGCGCUUUGAAGCGCUGGGUAUCCCCGUUGACCACUGCUUAUUCUGUGGUGUGUCUGCUUCUGGAAUUGAGGCCAACAUCAAACACAUGUUUAAGCGUCACGGGCUCUACAUCCCUGAACGGUCAUUUUUAACCGAUGUUGCCGGUCUUUUAGCAUACCUCUCCGCCAAAGUGUCGCAGUUCCAGUGCCUUGUGUGCAACUUUCAAGGCCGUAAUUUGGAGCUGGUGUGGCAACACAUGGCGACUAAAGGUCACAGCCGCAUUCCCUAUGAACUGAAAGAGGACAAACGUGCCAUUUCUCAAUUUUACACCUUUUACGAUGACGUUGAAACGAAGCCCAAGACAGAAACUAAAGUGGCAUUUGCUGAACCUCUGAAUGACCAAGAAAACGACGACGAAGACGAAGCAUCCACUGAUAGUGAUCUGGAUAAUGGUGUUACCGAUAACUACCAACUAGCUCAUAUUGACUCGCUGGGAGAACUCGUGUUGCCUAAUGGCACGGUGAUUGGUACUCGUAAUCGUCAGCGCUACUACCGCCAGCACCAUGAUACUCUGGCCUUAGUGUUGCGUGAUCAACCCACUUCGGACAACCGUGCAGUUGCUGUUAGUGACCGCCGGUUAGCUCCUGGUCUUACCGCACAAAUUGUGUCUAAGCAGGAAGUACAAGCACGCCGGGCAGUUAAGGAUGCCCAGCAACAAUGGCUCCGCAAACAGAAGCCGGAGAAGCUCAACUACCAAAAGCACUUCCGCGACGAGAUGUUGCAAUGA